UGUGUGAGUGACAGCUCUCCGUAGCCCCGCCCCCAGCUCGUCCAAUCGCGGUCCGCCGUCCUGGCGUCACGUGGUGUGCAGUGCCUCGUCCAAUCCGCUGUGGGUCGCUGAGGGCUGUACGCUGGGGAGCGUGUAGAGAGGGGGAGGGCGGCGGAGAGGCAAGAAGAGGGGUGUGAGCGCUGCUGUGAGGAGACCACCGGGGAGUCAGAGCCCCGAAGCCCGCUUACCGCGAUACCCCUCACCGUGUGACCGACGCCCAGCACAGGGACCGACUAGUGAAGGCGUCGCGGCAGGCACAUAAUGAUCCACCCGAUUUGGUGUUGAAACGGACUAUGUAAUAAGAUGCCCAAAACAUUGUCUGCGAAAGUGAAUCCAAGUGAGAAUUCAGACAGUGACUGCAACAUCAUGGUUGAGAAACCAUCAGGGCGAAAGAAUAAGGAAAAGAUUGCUUCAUAUGCUCGAACUCCAAAAUUGGAUAGGACUGAAGGGGGGAAAGAUAUGAAAGAGAAGUCGUCUAUGAAACGUAAACUGCCCUUCACUAUAAGCCCACCUAGAGAGGAAGAACGAGAAUCUGACACAGAUUCUGAAGCAGGACACACAAGUGAAAACGGGGGCCAGCGAUUAACUCCUCCUUACAGCACAUAUACAGAGAAAGAAGGCCCAGAAAAGAAAAAGAUGAAAAAAGAGUCUGGAAAUAAGAAAUCUACUCCUGUCAAUAUCCUCUUUGGUUACCCCUUAUCUGAGCGUAAGCAGAUGGCUCUCCUUAUGCAGAUGACUGCCAGAGACAACAGUCCAGAUUCUACCCCAAAUCACCCUUCUCAAGCAACACCAACUCAGAAAAAAACACCAACAUCCUCCACAAGACAAAAGGAUAAAGUAAAUAAAAGAAAUGAACGUGGAGAAACUCCAUUGCACAUGGCAGCUAUACGUGGAGACAUAAGUCAAGUUAAGGAACUUAUUCGUCUUGGCGCAAAUGUCAAUGUUAAAGACUUUGCAGGUUGGACACCACUACAUGAAGCUUGUAAUAUGGGGUAUUAUGAUGUUGCAAAGCUUUUAAUAGCUGCUGGAGCUGAUGUAAAUACCCAAGGGCUCGAUGAUGAUACACCUCUACAUGAUGCAGCAAGCAGUGGGCACAGAGACAUUGUAAAACUACUUCUUCGUCAUGGUGGCAAUGCUUUUCAAGCCAACAAACAUGGUGCCCGACCAAUUGAUGUGGCUGAGACAGAAGAACUUGAACAGUUAUUAAAGCGAGAAGUGCCCCUUUCUGAUGAUGAUGACAGUUAUACGGACUCUGAAGAGCCACACUUCACCAACUUAUCCAGUGUGGAAGAAAACUUGGACUCAGAAGGUGACAAGGAGUCUCUCGUUAGUGAAACCAAACAUGUCCCUGUUAAAGGGAACCCUUGUACCCCAGGUCUUGAUGAAUAUGAAUUUAAAGAUGAGGAGGAGGAUGAUGACGACGACGAUGAUGAUGAUGACGAAGAUGAUGUCGAUGACGAUGAUGACGAUGAUGAAGAUGAUACAGAAAUCAGUAAAAUGUUGGAAGACAAGCGAAUGGUCAAGCUUGACCUGAAAAGGGAGAACAAUGAAGGAAGUGAAAAUUUUUAUGUCAAAAAAGAGAAGAUUGAUUUUCCAAAACUGUAUAAAAAUCGAAAACCAAAAUCCUCUCGGCUCUUGUUUACAAGCUCUGAUAGUUCAGAUGAUGAUUUGUUGCCUGAGAAAGUAGGACUGAUAUCUGAAAGCCUAAAUUCUGAGGGCCGGCUAAAAAAAGAAUUCAGCAUUUUACAGGAGCAGAAGGAGAAGGGUAAAGUUAAGCGGAAAUUGAAAAAUCAAAGUAAAAACAAAGAGAACAAGGAAUUAAAACAGGAAAAGGAUAAAAAGGAAAAUGUGAAAGUAGUAAAUUUAGUAAUGAGCGCUACCUUAGAUUCUUUGGACAAGUCCAGAGAUGAGGAUGUAUAUAGAAAGUCUUUGUGUACAAAGGAUGAAGGGUCGUUACAUUUAUUACAGAUCACUCCUGGCAAAUCCCCCAAACAUUCAUACUCAUUUGUUGAAAAGCAGUCAACACCACUGAAGCAAGAGAACACUAAAAUGUGUGUGUCAUCUCCCAGCAUGUCAGAAUCCUCAUUACAACCAGAGUUAUUCCGUUAUGACCAGAGCCCCGACUCAGAAUAUGCGCUGGAAAGUUCAAGUGCCACAUUUAGCAAGUAUAAGGAAAAAAGUAAACAUCUAAAAGACUUUUUUACAGAGUACGGAGAAUGGCCUGUUACGAAGUGCAAAGAAGAUGACAAAAGCCCUUCAUAUGAGACACCAGAAUGUAUUGCAAAAAAGGCAGACAGAGAAGGAAAAGUUCUAAAAAAGCACAAAGUAAAACACAAAGAAAGGGAAAAGGACAAAACUAAAAAGGAACCAGAUGCAGAGAAAGAGAAAAGCAAACAUAGAGAUAACAAUAAAAACACACAAAGGUUGUCAACUAUUGAGUUUGACAGAGAAUUUUGGAAAGAGAACUUUUUUAAAAGUGAUGAAAAUUAUGAUGAUUUUUUGAACAUGGAGUCCAAAAGCACAUCAGUGGAGAAAAAAGCCAAACUGGAAAAAAAUCCAGUAAGGGAUGAGAAAGCACAAGAGAAUGACAGCAAAGAAAGUCCAAAUGUGCAUGAUCCAGAAGAAUCUCCAAAAAAAGAAAAAGAUAGUAAUCUUUUCCCUGAGAAAGAAGCUGAACUCUUUUCAUCAAAUGUGCUUAACAAGGAUGAGUCUUCUAACUUGGAAAGAGAAGCAGAUACAGAAAAAAAGGUCAAAGAAAAAACUGAGAAAAGGUUGGCAUUAAAAGAAAAGGAAAUCGAUAAACAGGAUAAGAAAAGUUCUGAAAAGGAGAAAAAAGUAAAACAAGAUCACAAAUCUGAUAGAGAGAAAACUGAAGUACAUGAAAGCUCUGACAAAUGCAAAAUCCAUUUACAGUCAUUACAAAAAGAAAAUGAUAAAAUUAAAAACUCAUCUUCCAGUAGAGAAAAGUCUAAAGAUAAAAUUGAAAAAAAGGGUGAGCGAAUUGAAAAGGAUAAGCAUAUUGGUGAGCAGAAAGCUUUUUCAGAUAAAAAGCUAAAGCCAUCUGAUAAAGAUUUGGAUACAGGCAAGUUGGACAAAGGAAAACGUAGGGAUCGUGAAUACAAAAAGAAGGAAAAAUCUAAGGAAGGAGAAUAUACUGCUGGGACUAGUGGGAAGUACAGUCAGGAGGAUAGAAAGCAAAUUAACAAUGAAAACACCAAAAUUCUACAUGAACGACUGUCAGUAGUAAAGGAAAAGUACAAAGAUGAACAGCAAAAAAUUACAGAUUACAAAGAACGAGACAGGAAAGAUAAAGAAAAGGACAUUGAUCGAUACAAAGAACGAGACAAACAUAAAGACAAAACACAAACUAAUAUUCUGAAAAUCAAACCAAAAGAGACUGAGUCUGAGAAAUGUAAACCAAAAAUACAGGUAUUAAAAGAUUCUCGGCCUAAAGAGAAACGUCUGGUUAAUGAUGACCUUAUGCAAACUAGUUUUGAACGAAUGCUAAGCCUCAAAGAUCUAGAAAUUGAACAGUGGCACAAAAAGCAUAAAGAAAAAAUAAAACAAAAAGAAAAAGAGAGGCUUAGACAUCGGAACAGUACGGAACUUGGUAAAGUAAAGGACAAAGAUAAGCAGAGACAUGCGCAAACACCUUCUAAAAGCAAAGAGCUGAUGAGAUCCAAAAGCUCUGAGAUGUCUGAAGUCUGUACAAAAGAGAAGUUAUUAAAGGAUGCUACAAGCUGCAGAUCACAGUCUGUUGAUGGUAAGAAUCUGAUGCAUACUGGGAAGACUCUAUUAAUUUUGGAGAACAACCACCUCACUAGGUCUCCUAGAUCAGAAAGUGAGAAAACCGGUCUGAGCUCGCGUUCAAUAUCUAUGAUUUCAGUUGCAAGUUCGGAGGACUCUUGUCAUGCCACUGUGACUACUCCAAGACCUACAAUUGAAUAUGAUUCAGACUUUACACUUGAAGGUUCAGACUCUCAAAUGUCUUUCUCUCAGUCACCAUUUCUGCCAAGUGCAAAAUCACCGGCUGUUCAUGACCGAGAAUUAGACAGCCUUUCUGAGUUGCCUGACCGUGUCAAACCAGCUGUGAUGAAUAGACUACUCCCGAAUUAUCUCAGGUCAGUCUCAGUUGAAGAUAGUAAGUUAGUAAUUGGUGAAUGCAGGCCAGUUGUAGAAGUAAGGCGAUGCAGCAUGCCUUAUACUUUUGUGGAACAAAUAAAGCCGCCUUCAGCAGUAUUGGAAAGUACCCUACAAGAAACUUCAUCAGCAGCCCCAUCAAUGCCAAAUAGCUGCAUGUCUCCUAGACCAGAAAUACUGUCUCCCACAGAGAGAGAUUUUCCCAAUACUUUUUCUAAUUGCCAUCAAAGCAGUAGGAAAUCUUUACCUUUUAGUAAGCAUACUGUAGACUCAAAUGCUUUAAAGCCAGACACACAAAUAAGUUCUGAAGGAACCCCUGCUCAUAUUGCAGCAGAAAAACCAAACUGUCUUACAGUAAUGACUUCAAAUUUGCCAGAGUCUGAAUCGGCUAAAAUGACUUAUUCAGAGCAAGAGUCUCCCAUUAUUACAGAGGUUGAAAAACAAUUAUCACCAGAUCCUCACACUUCUAGGGCAGAAAACAUAAAAAUUGGUACACAUGAAGUCUGUAUCUUGCCUUCUACAACAUUAUACCCUAGUGUCACAAAUUCUUCAACUUCUGAAACGCAGAGUUCCCCCAAAUCUACACAACCUAGCAAUUUUAAAGAAAUCCAGAACAAUAUAAAGGAAGAGCAGAAUUUAUGUGCCAACACAAAAGGACAAGAUAUAUUUGAGGCUGAUACAAAGCUUUCUCAAGCAGAGAAGACAGCAUUGUCCCCAGAUCCCUCUUUAGAAAACUUGCAUCCAGUUGAAAAAAUGAAAAUCAUGCUCUCAGACUGUACUGUUGACAAAACACAAAACAUAGCUGAAGAACCAGGAGACUCUCAGAAUAAUACUGUGGCAAAAGAAAAUAUUUUGACAGAUAAAACAGAUGAUUUACAGUGUACCAGUAAAGAAAUUAAACCUAGUCCAGAACUUGUGGCACCUCAAGUUGCUACCAAUAAAAGUAAUUUUGAUUUGGAAAAAACAUUCCAAACAGUGGAAACCCCUAAAGACAAUUCUAAUUUUCCAGUCAACAGGUCUGUGCAUUCAAAAGAGACGGCACUGCAAAAGCCUGACCAAAUACAAUGUGCAUCUGAAAAUAAUACCCUCUCUGUUCAAGAAGAGAUGCAGAAAUUUAGUCAGUCUAUCAAAAUGGAAGUGGAAGAAAAUACUGAACUGAAAGCAGAACCACAAGAGAUUCCACAGAGAAUUACAAGAAACAGGGCAAAUAUGUUAGCCAAUCAAAAUAAACAGGUGCAGACGUCCUAUUCACACUCUUCAGAAAAGGAUACUGUUGAAACAUCUAUAUCAAGAGGGAGGAUUCGAUUAUCUGAAGAUGAUGAUGUCCAAGUUCAUCAUCCACGGAAAAGGAAGAUGCCACGGGUGCCUCAGCCAGGUCUGGUGAAUCCUUCAAUUCAGCAAGCUAAAGAGAAGACACAGCAGUCCCUAGCAGCAGUUGUAGAUUCUCUAAAGCUCGAUGACAUUCAACCAUAUCAGUCUGAGAGGGCAAAUCCAUAUUUUGAGUAUCUCCAUAUAAGAAAGAAGGUAGAAGAGAGGCGCAAGAUGUUGUGUAGUGUUAUCCCCCAGGCACCACAGUUCUAUGAUGAGUAUGUGACCUUUAAUGGCUCAUAUCUUCUCGAUGGAAACCCUUUCAGCAAACUGUGCAUACCAACGAUUACACCCCCUCCAUCCUUGUCUGAACCACUGAAAGAGCUUUUUCGACAGCAAGAGGUUGUACGGAUGAAGCUCCGUCUACAGCACAGCAUUGAAAGGGAGAAACUUAUCGUUUCCAAUGAACAAGAAGUUCUGCGGGUACACUUCCGAGCAGCAAGGACAUUGGCCAACCAGUCCCUGCCCUUCAGUGCCUGUACUGUAUUACUGGAUGCCGAAGUGUAUAAUGUCCCGCAGGAAUCUCAGAUAACCACAGGACAGUUUUACAGUGGCGUACGUGAUGUGGAUGAAAAGAGAAAAGUAAAGACAGAAGAUGGAAAAGCAUCUGUACGGGACCGGUUUAAUGCCAGGCAGUUUAUGUCUUGGCUUCAUGAUGUCGAUGAUAAAUUCGAUAAGUUAAAGACAUGUUUACUCAUGAGACAGCAGCAUGAAGCGGCAGCACUCAACGCAGUUCAGAGGUUAGAGUGGCAGCUCAAACUACAAGAACUGGAUCCGGCAACAUACAAAUCUGUCAGCAUUUACGAGAUUCAGGAAUUCUACGUUCCGCUUGUGGAGGUCAAUGAUGACUUUGAACUGACUCCUAUAUGAUGUUAUAAUCUCCAGCUCCUUCCAUAGACUGCACUUAUGUAUGUUUAGCUGCAGUCGCUUUGAAAAGGAUGGGAGAGCACAGCCUCUGUGAGGAAUACCUGCACUGUUUCUGAAGAGGGAAUGUCAAGGAAAAAAAACAAGCGCACACAGCCUCUGGGGCUUUCAGGAACAUGUGGAUUAGGAUGGGCAUAUAGAAAUAAAUAUUUUAUAUAAAUCUGUUAAAUCAUAGAAAAAAUGCAUUUUACCACAGUAAUUUGCCUCUCUGCAGCAGAAUCAAAGCAAAUAGCUGGCAGCUCAGGAAGCUGCUUCAGGAUAGUAGUGUGGAGCUCGAGGUGACAGUCACUAGGAGGAUUGCACAUGUCGGUGUAAGCUACUAUUGGUACCUGCCUUUUGCACACCAAUGCAUUACAGUUCACUGGAGAGCUUUUCCAAUGCGUGCCAUAGGGAUCUUACUAAACGUGCAAUGCAGGAAGCAAAACGCCCUUCUAAGAACAGCAAGGGUUAAAGUUUCAUCUUCUAUCCAGGAUACAAUAAAGUGUAAUGCAACGGAAACAAAUGAAAAGCUCUGAAUUGAUCACAUCUUAGGAAGAUAAUGUGUGAUAUUCAAACAAAUGUAAUAUUGUCUUAUUUUAAUAACUUAUUUUAUAUGUGUAUAUAUUUAUGUGCAUUUGUAUAUAGUAUUGUAAUUAAUAAUCCCAAGCUGUACAAAGAUAGAUAUUUUAUGUGGAAACCUAUGUCUUAUGUUUUAAUGGACCAAAGUUGUUGUCUUUAGGUUUUGUUUUUACUUGUAAUGUGUUGUGUUUCAGUAAGGCAUGUUCAUAGCCUUAUUAAGGCUUAUGGAUAAAAGGUAUUGCAUGCACCACUCAGCUCAACACUUGUACCACAACAAAUCCAAUACCAUUUAUUAGCAGAAAACAACGUUCACACUAGCCUCCUGCCGAUAACCUUUAUCAUACGCAGAUUAUUUUUUUGUUCAAAUCUUAAAACCAACACAAAAAUAAAUACUUGUUAAACUUUGGCUCAAGCGAGCCUAUUUUUAAGAAAAAAAACACACAAAAAAAACUUUGAAUGAAAGUACUAAAAUUGUAAAUGUUCUAUUUUAAUAUUUACAUUUGUAAAUAUCUAUGUAAAUAUAUUGUUUAAUAAAUUUUAUUGGUCCUGUUCAGAAAGCA